UAUGUUCCAAGACAGAUAACAAGCACUCGAGUUUUGACCUAGAACAAGAAUAAAAGAAGCUAGAAGAUCGAAGGGUUGGGCAUCAAUGGCGGAUUCAUCAGGGCAUGGAGGAGAUCAUUUUCCGGGUUUCGAUACAAGCUUUCACAAAGACGAGUUUGUCUUCAGACGAUCUCUGAGUUGUCGGCUUCAGAGACGAGCGCCUUGUCCUCUUCUUCUUCCCCCCAAGCCAUUAUCGUCUUCUUCUUCUUCUUCUUCGACGGCGGCGAUGGUGGCCGGAGUUUCGCCGGCGUUUGGUUCGAUGUGUCAGAACAACAAAGAUCCGAUCCCUCUCUUGUCUCCUCUUGUCUUGCCUUCCAUGCUUCAACUGAAUCCUACAUCUCAUUAAGACAUAUUCGUUUUAAUUAUCUCCUCUCUAGUUAGGUUUAUGUUUCUGUGAGAUUGGCUUGUUUUGCAUCUUUUUCUUCUUUAAUUUCUCUGCCUUCUGAUUUUCUCC